AUGCUUCUAGGGAUGUUGAAGGCGACAGUUCCAGCAAGGGGCCUUCUGAUCAAGCAUCUAGUUUGGUUCUUGCUACAUGUUGUGCUUCGGCCCUGUGUGAUCAAUAUUAAUUCCUUGGUGGAAUUGGGAACCUGGGGAAUUGCCUUCGGGUGUCGGUUGUGGACACCGGGCAGAGGACGAGUGUUUGGAGGUGGAGGGCUUGGUGGAGGUGGAGGGUUUGAUGGUGGGGGAAUAGAGGUUGGGUCUAGUUUUGAAGAAGGAUUUGGUGGGAGGUUUGGAGGUGGUUAUGUCGGAGGAGGAGGAGGUUUUGGUGAUGGUAGGGGUAGAUUGGAUGGUGGAUUUGGUGAAGGAGUUGGUGGUGGAAUAGGAGGUGGUGCUGAAAGAGGAGGGAGAGGAGGUUUCGGUGGUGGUGGAAAAGGAUUGGGUGGAGGAUCUGGUGAAGGAGCUGGAGGUAGACUUGGUAAAGGAGUUGGAGACACAAUAGGAGACAUUGAGUAA